AUGGACAGCCGACCAGGUAAGUUACAUGGCACUCUGCAGAGCCCGUCCUCGUCGCUGAUCCCUCACGCUCUCAACAACUGCAGACAUGGUCAGUACAGGCCAUCUCCUGGCACAGCCGAGCCUCCCCCCACACGGACAAUGAGCGCCUCCGCCUCUUGAACGCACGCGACUGACUCCCAAGCGUACAUGAUUCCUAUCAGCUCGUCGGUCCAAAGACCGAGACCGAUGAAUUCCUCCAGAAAGCCAAACCCAGUGCCAACAACACGACCGGCCUUCCUUGGUACUGGUCAGUCCGCCGCGCUCACUCACCGAGUUGCAAGUCGAGUUGACAUUAGUGAUAUUGUGUGUCGUGUCUUGGCCCAGGGUCUGCAUCCCUCGAAGCAAGGACGACAAGGAGGAUGCACUCAAACCUGCCGAGGAACAGUCAUUCGAGUCUCGAGUCGACUUUACGGAACAAGGUCAAGUCCUCGUCGACAAGUUGACCAAGGAUUGCAAGCACAUCGCGGUCAGUAGUACGCGGCGGACCUCGUUGGGCUUUCGGCGCGGUCACUUCACUGACAGACCCCUGAAUCACUCUUCAGGAGACUGCUCCUGUCAGAGGCAACAAGAAGACGGGUGCCAAAUCACAAAAAGAGCGUCAGUCUUUCUCCCUGCACUCUAGUUCCGUGGAGGUUGGCCCACUGAUAUUUACGAAACCGAAACAAACCCUGCAGUCCGAGAAAUCGAACACGCCAAGUUCAACGACCAAGUCGCCGCGCUCGCCAAGAAGCACAACGUCUUGACGGGCAAAUGGCUCUUGUACCCUACGGCCGACAACGUCGAUGCGAUUUGGGCCAAGGUCGUCAAUGCGAUCGCGAAACCGGAUGGAGCCUUGGCCAAGACGGGGGUCGUGCAUACCGCCAAAGUUUCGACGCACGCUGAAGAGGGGCAGUCAGUAUUCUUUGUUCCUAGUCUUUCUCACCCUUUCCGAGGCUGACGGGAAAAUCUCCCGCGUUGACGUGGUAGAGGCUACGUGAUUUGCGUCUACUGUGACGAUUCGUGGGACCGCGACGGGGUCGGCAAAGCGUUCAAGUGCCUCGUCCGAGAACUUGGUCUCGUUUCGAGCGCUUACAAAAGUGACGCCAAUGUGGGUCCCUGGUACUCUGUCAAAGAGAAAGUGGAGUGCUACGUGCUGAUAUCCACUUUGGAUGUGAACCGAUUUCACAGACGCUCCUCGGCAUCGAUUCCAAGCAUAGUUCGGGGAUCCGUUCGUCCCUUUACGGCAAGACGGAUUUCAUGACUAAGGACGAGAUUGAGCAGGCGAUCGAGAAGAGGAAGGUUGAACUGGAGGCCCCGGUGAAGGUGCCGAAGAAAUUGGAGAAGGAAGAGGAAGAGGAUGGGUUCGUGACGGAUGAGGAUUCGGAUGAGGAAGCGCCCAAGGCGAAGAAGCAGAAGGUGUGA